AUGAAAAAGAAGGAUGGAUCGUUACGUCUGUGCAUUGAUUACAGAAAGCUGAACAAGGUGACUGUCAAGAACAAGUAUCCCCUUCCCAGGAUUGAUGAUUUAUUUGACCUGUUGCAGGGAGUUACAACAGAAGUCGAGCAUGAAGAGCAUUUGUGGAAAGUUUUGGAGACGUUGAGGGCCAAUAAGCUGUAUGCUAAGUUUUCUAAAUGUGAAUUUUGGUUGAAGCAGGUAUCCUUCCUAGGGCAUGUAGUAUCGAAGAAAGGUGUCUCUGUGGAUCCUGCAAAGGUUGAGGCAGUUACGAGUUGGGCUCGUCCAACCACAGUUAGUGAGGACCUCAAGCAGAGGCUGGUUUCAGCCCUAGUUCUUACAGUACCGAAUGGAUUAGGUGGUUUUUUCAUUUACAGUGAUGCGUCCAAGAAGGGGUUGGGAUGCAUAUUGAUGCAGCAGGGCAGAGUAGUUGCUUACGCUUUAUAUCAGCUAAAGAAGCAUGGACAGAAUAAUCCCACGCAUGACUUAGAGGAACUGGAGAGGGCAGAGAUUGUAGUGGCUCUGGGAAAGGUAACGGCACAGUUAGCACAAUUAUCGGUGCGACCGAGUCUAAGGCAGAAGAUUAUUGAUGCACAGCGAGACGACCCUUAUCUGGAAGAGAGAGUUCGUAGGGUGGAGUCAGGCCAGGAUGGCGAAUUCUCAGUUCCAGUAGAAUGGCCUCCUUUAUCAAGGGCGUAUGUGCGUGCCAGCAGUGAAAGCCUCGAGGCAGAAGCCAGCAGGCUUGUUACAGCUAUUGAGUGCACCAGAAUGGAAGUGGGAGCAUGUGUCUAUGGACUUCAUCGUGGGGUUGCCUCGGACAGUCAAAGGUUUAACUGUGAUAUGGGUCGUGGUAGACAGACUUACGAAGUUAGCACAUUACUUGGGAAGCCCACCUUUUCAGUGAAUAACUACCAGUCUACUAUUGGGAUGUCACCCUUUAAGGCCCUAUAUGGGAAGAGUUGCAGGUCCCCUGUGUGUUGGGAUGAGGUAGUAGAGAGGAAAUUGUUAAGACCUGAAUUGGUGCAGACCAUGAAUGAUGCAAUACAGAAGAUCAAGGCUCAUAUGCAAAUAGCUCAAAGCAGACAGAAGAGUUAUGCCGAUGUAAGACGUAAAGACCUGGAAUUUGAAACUGAUGUGAAAGUGUUCUUAAAAGUGACACCCACGAAAGGUAUUAUGAGGUUUUGCAGGAAGGGAAAGUUGAAUCCGAGAUUCAUUGGACCUUUCGAGGUCCUGAAACGAGUUGGCCCCAUAGCUUACCGUUUGGCAUUGCCCCCAGCACUGUCUUCAGUUCAUAAUGUCUCAAAGUCGUCAUCCAUUGGGAUUUAA